AUGGAGUGUGAAAGGAAAGCCUCGGAUCUUAUCUACGACGUAUUCCCCACCCACAUUGCCAACGCCCUGAGAGACGGGAAGAAAAUCGAGCCGGAGAAGAAAGACAUGGUAUCCAUCUACUUCUCUGACAUCGUCGGCUUCACGGACAUCUGCUCCAAGAUCGAAGUAGAGAAAGUCUCCCACAUGCUCGAUCGCCUCUACACAGCGCUGGAUCGCCUUGCCUGCGAACUCAACAUCUUCAAGAUCGAGACCAUUGGCGACGCGUACAUGUGCGUCUCUAACCUCGCCUCGGAGCAGCACGACCAUGCUGCUCGUCUCGCCUUCUUUGCUAUGAAGGCGUUGGAAGUGGCUGGUGCAACGCUGGUGGACGAGGAGCAGGAGUCGUUGGGGUGUGUGAAGCUCCGAGUCGGUAUCAACUCGGGGCCUGUAGUAGCCAGUGUCAUUGGAACCUCCAGGCCGAAGUACACGUUGUUCGGCGACACAGUGAACAUCGCUUCCAGGAUGGAAUCGAACUCUCUCCCGCAAAGAAUCCAGUGCACUGAGGUAGGAGCAGAGAUGGUGGACAUGAUGAUGUGA